UCACCUUCGUUAGUAAACACUCGUGCUCCUCCCCUAUGAGACUGACUCAACCGGGAUAUACACUUCCACGUUAUGUUUAAUUUGACCAACGCAUAAUUCACAGGAACAUUUGAUAGAGAUACAUUGGUGCCAUGGACGCCGACGGUCUUCCUCUUGUCGGCCCAGGAGUGGAUUACACAAAGGUUGAAGCAAUACAUCAGAAGCGGACCAUAGCUUUCAUCAAUCACUUCAUAACACAUACUGCCAGCUUUCUUAAUCGAUUCUCGGGAGUAUGUGAACAAAAACUGGAACAACUUUCCAACCGGAUCCAGCACCUGGAGAUCUCCAUGAGUCUGCUGGAGGCCAAGCUGUCUUCAGUGCCAGGCCUGGAGAACGUGACUGUAGCAGCCAGCAGCAGUACCACGACUACAGUUACCGACUCCUCUGCUACACCCACAACAACAACAGCUGCACCUGCCUCAUCUGCCACAGCAGCACCUGCCCCAUCAACGGCUCCUGGUGAUCCUGGGGCAGCAGCAGCAGCAGCACCGGAGGAAGCUAAGCCAACAAUGACAGUAGCCCAACAUCCUAGUUACACCAGGUUCUUUAAGAUGGUUCAAGUGGGGGUGCCAGCUAUGGCUGUCAAGAACAAGAUGAUUGCUGAAGGACUGAACCCAGAUUUACUGGACAACCCUGAUGCCCCGGCGCCUGACGGUGGAGGAAGCUCAUCUGGGGGCGGUGGUGGCGGCGGCAACAAGAGUGACAGUGAUGACUUCAGUGAUGAUAAUGAUGAUGGUGAUGAUGAUGAAGAUGAUGGUGAUGGAGGUGGUGACAGUGAUGAUGAAGACUGGUGAUACUGUGCAAUAACUCAUUCCACAAAUUCCUUCUCAUGUAGUGAAGAUCAUGUUGUAUUGAUUCCUGAAUUUCCUGAUAUAUCAUUGCUAAUACUAUGUAGAGUUGAUAAGCUGGUUAAGCUUGACGUCAUGGCAAAAAGAUUUGGUUGUUUAAUAUUAGUGCAGAAAAUUCUCAGUAUACAGUGUAGAUCAGCACAUAAGAUACAAAGUGAUCAUCUUCCUGAAUCAAGGCAGUUAACUGGCCAUAAAGUCCAGUUUCCACCCUUGCUGAACAUGGGCGGUAUUUCGUGACUCAAUUGUUUGUCACCAGGUGCUUUUGUGAGUUAUGUCCCUUCUAUGUCCUUACUAUUGACCAAUCAGAUUCACCAUGUUGUUUUCGAAACGGUUUUGAUUUUGUAACGCCAUUUUUGAUUGUGCUAUGCAUAGGCUUAUAAGGACAGCCAAAAUAUAAAAAAGAAACUCCAGCCUAGUUUGGCAAGGGUGGAAACUGGACUAGUCAGUUGACACCCUUGCCUCGGGAAGAUGCACAGUGCUCUGACCAGCACAAGUUCAAAGUGUCACUUAUGAGUUCAUGUUAGUAUUUUUAUCAGUUGUUGUUAUGCUAUUAAACCUCAGACCAAAGACAUUGCCCAUGUGAUAGCUGUGACGUCAGCUGGACAAACAUGUCUCUCAUAGACAGGGUUCCAUCACUGACAACUAUCAAGGGUAUGAAGAGGAAGAUUAGUUUGUUGUGAAAAUCUGGAUAAUCAGAUACAUCUGGAUAAAUCCAAACAAGUAGAAUUUUUCAGUAUACCAACCCAUGUAGAUAAUACCUCCACACCCUCAUACAAAAAACACCAGCAUGAGAUCCUGUUAAAAAAAUCAGGAUUCCAUGUCUAGAAAGGUCAUAUUUCCCUUGUACCAGAAAGACUCAAACAACAUGCCUGAGUUGGAGUCCUUCUCCCCGCUCAGGUCAACUGUGGUGUUCUUUGAUUAUCUAUGAUCAUAUCAUUUUUAAAAGGAAGGCGCAGUGGUCACAUUUUAAAUUCUUGACUGAGUCGGGGCGUACCGAGCAAAUUUACAAGACCAUCAAACAAGGAUGUCAUGAGUACUGUUUCUUGUUUGUUAUUUUCAUGAUACCUCCAUACUUCUCUGAAAUAAUCAGUGUUGAGUAAGAGCUUCAAGAUCAAAUUUGUAUGUGUUUUCCAUGGUCUUUGUGUAUUUCAGGUUUAUAUAGUAACAGAUAUAUUUUGUGUAAACAUCGUUUUCUCACUUAAAGUAAACCCACCAUCAAGGAUAAUCCAGAGGUGUCAAUUGGAUUUCCCUCCCAACUCGGCACUGUGACUUCUGAGUGGGUGUCACAAGUGUGUCCUUUCAACUUUGGGGACCCCUGUAUUCUUGUUAUAUUAACAACAGAAAAAUGUUGCCUGCUUCUGAAGUGUCCUGAUCAUACAAUAUCAUGUUUGUGAGGUUAGCAUGUUCAGCUGUAUUGAAGCCUGCAACACUGUCAGUGCACACAGUGUCUGCACAGAUGCCGACUAAGUGACAAUGUAUACAUAAUUGUACAUUCCAUAUUUUCAGAUUGAUUGUAAUGUUAUGUCAAUAUUAUUUAACCAGAGUGUGACAGCAGAUUCAUGUCUGUAGUCAGUGAAUGAGAAGCAAUUAUGUUUGGUAUCUCUGUUUUUUUAUGUCACAUGGAGUAGAACCUGGUUGGCCUGGAAACCCAACUAUCCAGAUGUGUUAUCAAUGUCUGCACAUACAAGGGACAUUACUCCACGAGCCAUAACUACACACACUCCAAUCACCCGUCUCACAUCAUGUUGUUUUCCCCAAGUACCUACAAAGAAAUUUGCUCUGUGUCUUCCAUUCUUCCUUUCCUAAAUGGAAUAUAUACGUAGUCCUACCAAGCAUUCAUGCUUCAUAUGAAUCACAUCCAUCAACAAUUAGUGUUCACAGAUGCAUUGAACAGCUUGUUUAAAAAAUUAAUAUUAAAAUGCUUCCUGCAAAACAUUUUUUGAAAAUUUGGUUGGUUGCAUACACCAACAAAGUCAGUGAGCCUGACCACCCAAUCCCAUUAGUUCCCUCUUACAACAAGCAUAGUCAACUUUCACGGCAAGCAUGGGUUUCUGAAGACCUAUUCUACCCCAGAUUGAAAAUUUGGGAUAAAAUAUAAAAUGGGAUGAUUUCACUGAUUUCACUGAGAAUAGUACUGUCCAUAUCAACAGGAUUUCACUUGACCCUGCAGACCUGGAGAAGUGUGUUUUGUGUGCGUGUGCACUGGCUGCAAGUGUGUUAUUAACGGAAGUCCGUUUUCCCUGGCACACCCUGUUCUGUGAUGGCCAUGCAAGGAGUUGAAGGAUGUCAGCCAGCUGUUGUACCUCCCUGUCAGGGAACAAGUUUACUGUUGUUAUUUGUUAUCAUGGUUAUCGUGAAUUGAUAAUUGCCAAUGUUUGUGUGAAGCUGGCAUAAUCAGGAUAAUAUAUACAUGUGUAUAAAUACCA